ACGACCAUCAUCACCACGACUACCACGACCAUCAUCACCACCACGACCAUCAUCACCACCACCACGACCACCACGCGAUGGGAGACUUCACCACGCCCGGCGGCGGCGGCGCCUCAAGCCUCAUGCCCGGCGGCGCGAUCCCAGCUCCUGGUGCGGGGUCGUCGGCAGCCGUAGUCGUCGUCGGAGGAGGAGGAGGUGGAGGAGGUGGAGGUGGUGGAGGCCCCUCGCCCGGCCUCGGCCUGGCCGCCAAGAGGACGGUGGUGGAGAGGCUGAGACAGCGAAUCGAACUUUGCCGUCGGCACCACUCCGCGUGCGAAUCUCGCUACGAUGGGGCUCAGCUUCAGCGACUGCAGCACGAACGCCACGAGUCGCAGCUGCUGCACCAGCGGUACCUCGAGACUCGGGCUAAGAAGUCCUCUUCUUCUUCUUCAUCAUCAUCUUCUUCUUCUGCCGCCUCGUCUGCUGCUGCUGCAGCUACAGCAGCAGCGGCGGCAGCGGCGGCUCAUCAUGGAGGAGCAAAAGUUGUUAAAUCCGAGCAGGUAUCAUCUUCACAGCAGCAGCAGCAGCAACUUGCAUUACGACAUCAGCAGGCAGCAGCAGUAGCUGUAGCUGCUGUCCAGUCUGCAAGGGACAACAACGUUGGCUGUGGUGGUGCUGACGUUGAGGGAGGAGGUGGUGGAGGAGGUGGAGGAGGAGGUGGAGGUCCCAGCGUCUCUACGCCGUACGCCGAGCCGAGAAACUGCACCCUCAUCGCGCUGCAGGGACAGCUGAAGCGGCGGCUGGACGAGAGCCCCUCGCCCGCACCUCCCCCGCCCUCCUCGUCGGCGCCCCCGGACCGGCCCAACGGCGCCCUGGGCCCCGGCCCUCCUGACCCCUCCUCCUCCUCCUCCUCCUCGUCGGCGGCGGCGGCGGCCCCCCCCUCCUCCUCCUCCUCCUCCUCCUCGUCGUCGUCCUCGUCGUCGUCUUCGCCGUACGUCGCGGGCCCCCUGGCCAAGCUGCCGCGGCGAGGAGAGCCUCCGGACUUGGGCGCCCGCCAGGGCCCGGCCGCCAACAACCCGGACAUCAAAUCGGAGCAGGGCAGUCUGCCGCACCACCACCACCACCACGGCCACCACCACAGCCACGAACACCACCACCCACACCACCACCCGCACGAGCCGGCGGACGAGCUGGACAGCGCCGACGAGAUGAUGCAGGGCCCCGACUUCUUCGACACGGAGCUGCAGGACAUCCUCGACGAGCUGACGCGGGGUCUGGGCGACGAGGACAUGAACGGCAUCGACUUCGACAGCAUGCUGGGCGGGGCGGGCGCCGGGGCGGGCGCCAGCGGCGGCGGCGGCGGCAGCAGCAGCAACGCCGCCGCAGGGAGUGGCGGCAAUCGCAGCCAAAGCACCAGCAGCAAUAGUCACGGUGGUGGCAUCGGUAAGAAUAUUGGCGGCGGCGGCGGCGGCGGCUCGGUCGCGCCACCGUCUGCGGCGGCCGCGGCCGCGGCCGCGACAGCGGCGGCCGGCGCCAACGGCACCGCGGCCAAGUGCUCGCCCCUCGCCGGCGCUCCCAGCCCCGGCCUGAGGCAGGUCAUGUCGCCGGGCUACGGCAACUUGGUGGCGAACUCUCCCAUGAGGCCGCUGCCCUCUGGGCAGCAGCAGCAGCAGCAGCAGCAGCUGACUUGCCGACCGUUCCACGGACAGAUCGAGCCAUCGCCGGCGCAGCAGCUGCAGCAGAUCGCCGCUAGCCAGCAGCGCGCCAAACUGCAGCAGCAGCAGCAGCAGCAGGUGAUGAACUGGCCACCCAUGACGCAGCAGCAGCAGCAGCAGCAGGGCUUUGCGUCCUCCCACAGCGCCAUACUGCAGGGCAACAUGGGGGCGGCACUCCAAGGUGGCGGCACCAAUGGCGGUGUGGCCAUGGUUGGCGGCGCUGGACCUGCGAAGGCGCUGGUGGUGGCCGGCGCCGGCGGCGGCGGCGGCGGCGGCGGUGGCGGUUACAUGUUUGCCGGAUCGGCGCAACAACAACAACAGCAACAACAACAGCAGCAGCAACAGCAGCAGCAGCAGCACCUGAGUCACAUGGCGUCUAUGAUGCACCGGGAUGUUCCCGAGCUGCUACAACAACAACAGCAGCAGCAGCAGCAGCUGCUACAGCAGCAGCAGCAGCUGCAGCAGCAACAGCAGCAACAGCAGCAGCAGCAGCAGCUGCAGCAGCAGCAGCUUCAGUUGACGUUCGACAACACGAAGCCCCUUUCACACUUCGACCCGGAGCCCACGCAGAGUUCCGCCGCCGCGGCCGCUGCCGCGGCUGCUGCGGCCGCGAUGCUGGCGUCGAGGGUCAAGGCGGUGGGGGCGGUGACGCCUGUUGGCUUUGCCCCGCAGCAGCAGCAGCAGCAGCAGCAGAGGCAGCAGCAGCAGCAGCAGCACCAUCCGCUGGAGCAACAGAAACAUUUUCAUCUCAUGAAGCUGCAGCAGCAGCAGCAGCGGAUGAUGCACGCGGCCAGCCUGCAGUACAGGCAGCUGGCGCCGCAUCUCACGCAGGAGCAAGCCGCGGCCAUGAUGGGACCCCGGCCCUGCGGGCCUGGAGUCCCGGGCGGCGUCAGCGGUGGGGGGGUCCCCGGUGGUGGGGGGCCCCCCGGUGGUGGGGGGCCCCCCGGUGGUGGGGGGCCCUUCCUGGGGGACCCCACGCAGUCGUCGCUGCUGAAGCAGAAGAUGCUCAUGGUGGACGAGAGGCAGCGGCUCAUUGAGCAGGAGCACUACAGGAGGCGGCUGAUGGAGCAGCAGGAGAAGCAGCUGCAGCAGCAGGAGCAGAUCCGCAGGCACCUCACACGGCCACCGCCAGAGUACUCGGACCAACAGCGGAGUCUGUUCAGCGGCCAGUACACAGCGGUGACGUCCCAGCCGGGCCCUCUCGCCGCGUCGCAGCAGCGGAUGCCCAGCCUGCUGCAGGUCAUGGGGCAGCAGCAGCAGCAGCAGCAGCUUCAACAACAGCAGCAGCAGCAGCAGCUGGUGGUGGUGGACACGCCAAACCAGAGUCCGGUCUCCGGCACCGUCUACCCGCCGGCGCCGCCUGCGGCUGCAGCCGCCGGCGGCGCCGGUCCCAGCGCCGCUACGGCCGCGGCGGCGGGGCCGCUGCCGCCGCAGCAGCGGCAGCGGCCGCGGCGGCCGGGCGCGGCCCCGGGGCGAUGCAGCCGGGGCCCGUCGGAGUCGUCGCCCCGGGGAUUCGGCAUUCGCCGCCCGGCGGGGGUGUUGGGCGCCGGAGUAGUAGGAGGAGUAGGAGGAGGAGGACCUGGGUAUCAGGGCAACGGCGCUCCGGGCUUCUCACCGGCGCCGCCGCCGUCUGGGGCGACGGCACCGGCACCGCCGCCGACGCCGACGACGGAGGCAGCGGCGGCGUCGGCGACGGUGCCGGCGGCGGCGGCAGUGCACGAGCUGGCGGGGUUCGACCUGUCGGCGCUGGGGAACGGAGCCGACUUCAUCGACUCGCUGGUGAGGGGGGGUGGCGGCGCCGGGGGCAGCGCCGACGAUUGGAUCAACGACCUGGACGACUUCCUGGGGUGACGGCGCUCCGCUCGGUUUCCCGAGUUUCCCUCGCCUCGCCUCGCCUCGCCCGCCCUGCACGGCGUCCCGCUCGUUCCACACCCGCCUACCCCACCUCUCCAGUCUCCCGCCACCGCCGCUGCUGCGUGGACCGACGGCGGUGAUGGCGGUGAUGGCGGCGGUGAUGGCGGUGAUGGCGGCGGUGAUGGCGGUGAUGGCGGCGGUGA